UGCGACAGCUUUCCGUGCAAAUUGGAUGUGCAAUCGGCUUUCGAUGCUCUCAACGGUGACUGGCGAAGAUUUUGAUAAAGUCCACUGACGUGCCAGCGGCUGACAGCAGAGGCAAGCCACAUAGCUUCGUCGUUUGUCGAUCCCUUGGAAGGGUUCAGGGGACGUCCCCGCGCAACAGCCGAAGUUCGCGCCCUCCGCGCAUUGUUUGGGUACCAACACAACCACGCAGCAAGCCGCAACAGCACUCGAGGCUGCAUCGCAAGCUGAUUUGGAUACUCGCACCGCUAUUACUACCGAUAAGCGCACUGGAUAAGGUGCCUCCUCAUGCACAGCAUCCGCCAUGGCUCCUCUUGAGCAGCAAUGGGUCAAGGUCCAGCAGAAGACCUUCACCAAGUGGUUGAACAGCAAAGUAAAGAUCCGCGAAGUUGAGGUCGAGGACCUCAUCACAGACUUAUCUGACGGCAUCAACCUCAUCCACCUCCUCGAGGUCCUCAGUAACGAAUCGCUUGGCCGCUAUGCCUCUCGGCCGAAGCUGCGCGUGCAGAAAUUCGAGAAUGUCAACAAGUCACUCGACUACAUCCGCAGUCGCGGCAUUCAGAUGACCAACAUUGGUGCUGAAGACGUGGUGGACGGCAACAGCAAGAUCAUCCUUGGUCUGAUCUGGACCCUGAUUCUGCGAUUCACAAUCAGCGACAUCAACGAAGAGGGUCUGAGUGCCAAAGAAGGUCUCCUACUAUGGUGUCAGCGCAAGACAGCAUGCUACGACGAGGUCGAAGUACGCGACUUCUCCUCCAGCUGGAACGACGGACUGGCCUUCUGCGCCCUCCUGGAUAUCCACCGCCCCGACUUGAUCGAUUACGACAGUCUCGACAAGAGCGACCACCGCGGCAACAUGCAGCUUGCCUUUGACAUUGCUUCCAAGGAGAUUGGCAUUCCAGAUCUGCUCGAUGUAGAGGACGUUUGCGAUGUAGCGAAGCCUGACGAGCGCUCCCUGAUGACGUACAUCGCCUACUGGUUCCAUGCUUUCUCGCAGAUGGAGCGUGUCGAGAAUGCCGGUCGCCGAGUGGAGAAGUUCGUACAGAAUAUGCAGGGCGCAUGGCAGAUGCAAAACGACUUCGAAGAGCGUAUGCGCAAACUUCUCGCCGCGAUCGCCGCACAACGAACACAAUGGGAGGAAGCCAAGUUCGACGGGACCUACACCGACGCCAGGAGUCAGUCGACCGAGUUCACGGCUUGGAAGCGUAAAAGCAAGCGCAAUUGGGUAGCGGAGAAGUCAGACCUGGCUGGACUGUUAGGAAACAUCAAAACAAAGCUGGCAACUUACCGCUUACGGCCAUACGAUCCUCCAGCGGAGCUGAGCUUGGAGACGUUGGAUACAGCAUGGGCAGGGUUGAUGAAAGCAGAGCGUGACCGCUCGCAAGUCAUCAAUGAAACGAUCCGUGACAUCAAGAACGCUCUUCGCAAGUCGUUUGCAGACAAAGCGAAUGACUUCGCCCUCGCACUGAACACACUUGGAACCUCAAUAUCAGCUCUUGAGGGUGAAGUUGAAGACCAACUGGAGCACACUAAGGAGAUCAGCAAGUCCCUAGCGCCACUCGACGAGUACUUGAAUAUCAUUGCAUCGAUCGACGAGCAAUGUGCUGAAGCAAACAUCGAGGAGAAUGACUUCACAACAUACACAUACGACGAGCUUGAAUACGAGUUGAGCCUGGUGCGCAACUCGGUUUCAAAGAAGCUUGCCUUUCUGGAGAACCAGAUGGUCGCUCGUAACAUGACGAAUCUGACCCCGAUACAACUUGAAGAGUUCGAGUCUGUGUUUAGACACUUCGAUCGCGAUUUGUCGAAUUCAUUGGCUGAGCUGGAGUUCUCGGCAGCUCUGGCCAGUUUGGGGCUUGUAUACGAUGACGAGGAGAUGCAUCAAAAAUUUCGCGAAACGAGUGGCGGCCGCGACUAUGUUACUUUCGAGCAAUUCAUUCGCUUCAUGGUCGACGAGACAGAAGACCAAAAUACAGCAGAGCAGGUCUUCGAGUCUUUCAAGGAGGUCGCCGACGGCAAGCCAUACGUUACUGAACUCGACCUCCGCCACUCUCUCGUUCCCGACGAAGUUAUUGACGACCUUAUCUCCACUAUGCCCGAGCACAAAGGCCCGGAUAUGCAGGAGGACCGCGAUCUUCCCAAGUACGACUACAUCACCUACAUGGAGCGAUACAUGAAUGCGAAGCGGGAACAAGAGCAGCAGCAACAACAGGUGAACGGCGGAUAGAAUCCCGACAAUCCGUGGUUCCAGCGGUUGAUGACCGAUUCUGGCUUGAGCGUGUUGCUCGGUCCGAGACCGGUGUUGACGCCGGUGUUUUUGUGAGCGCUGUAUGGAAGGAAGAGGAAAGACGUUGGCUUUGAGCGAGCAUGCAGCUGAGAGAAGAGAAGGAUUGAUGUUCGUUGGCUUCAGUGAGGCAAUUUGAUUGUUCGAGUUUUGCAUAGCGAUGAUCGUACUGGCGUCAGACAUGGAUCUUUAUGGUGCUGGCUGCCUGGGUACAUCAGGGUAGCGAAUAUUCGUUGCGGGUCCAGGUUGUGCAGAUAGAUUUCCAUCAUCAAUAGUAACACAAGUGAACAUAAUGUAAUACUGCGUAUGU